AUGUCUACUAAUAGCAUAGUACACGAUAAUAUUUCGACCCCAAUUGAUCCAGAUCCAAAAUUAGUAUCUCAAUCUACCGAAAAACCAAAUUGUUGUCAAUCAUUUAUUAAUUCUUCAUGUUUUAAAUAUACAAAAAUAAUCCUAAUUAUAAUCUAUGCACUUAAUAUUGUGGCAUGGGGUGGAAUGUUAUUUCUCAUAUUAGUAGGUGCUGCAAACAAAACAAUGUCUGAUGAACAAACACGUAAAAUUUGGAUUGAGAUUGAUUCUCAAAUUCUUAAUGCACUCUUCUGUGUAACGGGUAUUGGUCUUAUUCCUUGGCGAGUACGUGAUCUUUAUCAACUUUAUAGUAAAAAACAUCAACAUAAACUUCUUCAGCGUCAUUCAUAUACAACAAAUAUUUUAUGGAUUCGAAUUGUUGUUUGGACUUUUAUAGCAAAUUCUUUAUUUCAAAUUGGUAUGGCUGUAUGUAUGUGGUCAAUGGAUAUGAAUACAAGACCUGCAUGGUUAGUAGGCAUGUUUGUUGGACUUGGAUGUUGUUCAGGAGUAUUCGCAGGUUUAGUACAAUAUAUAUUAGGAAGAAAAACAAAAAAACAAAAACUUGAACAAGAACGUACUGUUCAUAUAUGCUUACACGUUUCGGAAGCUUUUCAAUGUUCGGAAUUAAAUUUAACACCAUUGAUUACAAAUGGUGACGAUAAUUAUUCAAUUCUAACCAACAAACUUAAAUCAUCGAAUAUAAUAAAAGUAUCAUUAAUAGUUAAAGAAACUGUAAGUAGUACAACAUGGUUUCUUAUGGGUGCAAGUGAUUAUUCUAAAUUAAUUGGUUCAUGGCAACCGUUCACGUCGGCUGAUGGUCAAGUAAUAGAUUGUUCAUUAUUUUCAGAACAAGCAGUAACUAAUCAAAAAUCAUUACUUGAAGACUCAAAUCGAUUAGAGUUUACAUUUUAUUGGAUGGCUCCUCCUUCAUUUGACGGCACUGUUAUUUUUGUUGCGACUAUUUUUAAUAAUAAUAUAACAAAUGAUACAUCGUCAUUACGACAUAUUCAAAGUGCAUCUAUCGAAAUUGAGCAGACGCAAAGACGAGACCGAUAUCAAGACGUUAAUAGAACUUUUUGUAAUUCAUCUCCAUGUCUUAACGCUGGUAGAUGUAUUUAUGAUGAUCAAUAUUCUUAUUGUCAAUGUGUUGCGCCAUGGAAUGGUGUAUUUUGUAAUCUUCAAUAUUUUCAUAUAAUGUUUAGAAGUAAUCUACCAUUUAGUAGUGAUUAUUAUUUUAAUACACUUAAUUCGCCAUCUUAUACUAAUUUAUCUAAUGAUCUAUUUACUUGGUUGAAUACUGCAUUUAGUACACUUCCAUCAGACAGAAUAUAUUCAAUUAAUUUUGUGGCUCCAAGUUCAUCUGGCACAUAUAUUUCAGUUAGUAUGGCUGUAACACCAACAAGUGUAUUAUACACACCUGUUAUUCUAUCAGCACUAGCAACAGCAUUAACUCGAAAUAAUACAACUCCAUUUGGUCAUCAAUUAUCAAUCGAUCCAACAUAUAUAACAAAUCCAGUGACACAAGAUUCAACACCUUAUACUUCUUGUGUAUUUCCAUUUGCACUUGCUUUGGUUGAUUAUAAUUUUUGUAUACCACUUUCUCCGAAUUUUGUAUGUUCAAAAUCUCGUGUUAUUGAUAGAAAUAUCACAUAUGAUAGUCUUGAUUGUUCAAGAAACAUUUUUGAUUAUGUUUCAAAAGAUCCUUGUUUUCCAAAUAUAUGUCUCAAUGGCGGUACAUGUAUAACUGUUAACGGUGUAGCUACAUGUAAUUGUCCAGAAUAUUUUACUGGCAGUCGAUGUGAUCAAUUAUUUGGUUGUAAUCUGAUAACAAAUCCUAAAGCAAUUACUUGUACUAAUGGAGCUACAUGCAGAGAUAAUACGUGUAUUUGUAGUUCAAAUAAUACAGUUGGUACAUUAUGUGAAAUUAUGUCAGGCAAUACGGGAUGUGCAUUUCCAUUUACAUAUAUGAAUGUAACAUAUACAUCAUGUGCUGUUAUUAGUGGUCAAUCACUAUGUGUUGUAAGAAAUUCUGGAACGAAUGGACUAUUUCCUAUUUCACUUGCUGGUUGUGGAGCUCCUCAAUGUCAAAAUAAUCCAUGUCGUAAUCGUGGAACUUGUCAAGAUACAGUCAGUGGAUCGUUUCGUUGUAUUAAUUGCGCUACAGGAUAUAAUGGUUAUUUUUGUGAAUUACAAUUUCAAACGGUUCAAAUGGCUCUUAAUAUUACUUAUACACCUGAUUAUCAAAAUGCAAGUAGUAAUGCAUCACAACAAUUACGAGCAUUAAUUAAUCAAACGUUGAAUACAGCAUUUAUAAAUAUAACUAAUGGUGGUGUUCGAUCAGAUAUUAUUUCAAUAACUAAAAAUAAUGAUGGAACAACAAGUGCUAUUAUCAAUAUAAAUUCAAAUUAUUUGAAUUUUCUUAAUAAUGCAACACAAACAGCAUUAAAUAAUAUUGGAGGAAUAACAAUUGUUCCAACGAAUUCAAGUCGUGAAUGUGCACCAUGGUAUAUAUAUGGAGGACGAAAUAUUACAGGUUGUGUUACAAAUCCAUUUAACGUACCUAUUUGUUCAUUAACGGAUAAUUUUGAUCGUGAUGGACAGUUUGCAGCAUGUUCAGAACCAAUUAAUUUUAGUUUAUGUAAUAAUAUGUAUUGUGGUGAUGGUAGAUGUGUUAUAACUAGUCGUAAUUUAACUUAUUGUGAAUGUCCAAAUGGUAUAACGGGUGAACAUUGUGAUCAACUUAUUAAAUGUAAUGAUAUUAAUUGUUUAAAUAAUGGUACAUGUAUUACAUUAUCAACGGGUUAUUAUCUUUGUGUAUGUCCACCUGGUUAUGGAGGAGUUUUUUGUCAAUACAAUAUAACUGAUUGCGUAUUUCCGUUUGUUGAUAAUCAAAAUCGAACACAUAACACAUGCAUAACUACAAGUGAUUUUCUUGGAGGAACAGUACCAUGGUGUAGAAAUAUUCUUGGUCAACCAAAAAGUUGUCAAAUUGAUUAUUGUGCAAAAAAACCAUGUGUAUAUGGUACAUGUACUCCAACAAGUCGAUGGGCAUUUGGUACUUCAUAUCCGUCAUUUAUAUGUAAUUGUACAAUUGGUUUUACAGGAAUUUUAUGUACACAUGCUUAUUUUCGAUUAAAAACUCUUUAUCUUGCGCCAAAUAUUUCGGACACAACAUUGAAUGCUUUAGAAUCACCAACAACACAAACAUAUCAAAAUAUAUCGAAAAUGUUUCGAGAAUUAGUUCGUAAUAAAACGAAUUCAAGUUUUGAUUUUUUACCAUUACUCUAUACAACAUUUCGAACCACUAAUGGAAAUUAUUAUCAAAUAUCUGCUGAUCUUUCAUAUCCGGGUAAUAUAAGUCAAACUGAUGUUGCAAACAUAAUUACACCAAUACUAACAAGUCUUCCACCACAAUUUAAUGCUACAUAUAUCGAUAAUGGUCUUUUAGAACCUGAAGAGAUUCAACCAUUGAAUCCGGCACCUAAUUGUACUUUACCAUAUAUCUAUAAUGAUGACCCAUUAGCUGUAUGUCAUGUAGAUAAUAAUGGACUUCCUUAUUGUGCUUAUGGACAAACUUAUACAUUAGUUGAUCGAAAAUUAUGUGAUGCUAGUGGAUUACCAACAGCACAGUAUACAGCAUGUGAUAUAUUAAAUAUAACAAAUCCAUGUAAUAGUACAUCUGACUUUCCAAUUCGUUGUGUUGCUGCUGACGAUGGUUGGAAUUGUUUUUGUGAAGUUACACAAACAUUAGGCAAAGAUUGUGCAAAUUUAGAUUUUUGUCGAAAUAAUUCAUUAUUAUGUCGAAAUAAUGCAACAUGUGUUAAUCGACCUGAUUUACGAGAUUUUUCUUGUAAUUGUACUGAUCUAUAUUAUGGUCGUUAUUGUGAAAAUUUUGCUAUUGGUUAUAAACUUUUUCUACUUAAUUACUCAAAUGAAACAUCACCAAGUAUUCCAAUAUUAAUAUCAACUAUUAAUCAAACGAUCAUUAAUAUUACAAAUGGAUCUGUUAUUGCUACUAAUAUUAUCAUCAGUCCAACUGGUGAAGUUAUAGUAAUUGUAUCAGGCAAAAAUUAUUCAAUUCCACAAUUUGAAUUACCUUUGACUGAUCUGGUUAAUAAAAAUUGGACAGUUGGUCCAUACCUUGUUUCUUUCAAUCGAACAAAUGUUAUCUCAAUAGAAACUAAUGCUACAUGUAUUUUUCCAUUUGCUUAUAAUGGUGUUAAUUAUACAACAUGUAUAACAACUGGAUAUGGUUUUCCUUGGUGUAGUGCAACACCAGUUUUUACUGGUCGUAUUAUUGAUUGUCGAAAUAUCGAUUGGUGCGCAUCAGGCCCAUGUUUGAAUAAUGGUACAUGUAGAGUUAAUCAAGAAUUAGGUACAUUUCAAUGUAAAUGUGCUGAUGGAUGGGUUGGUGUACAGUGUGCCUAUCCUUAUAAAACCAUAACUAUCGUUAUUCCACUUGGAAAUAAUACAUAUAAUAAUUUGACAUAUAUUGAUAUCAGUAAAUUAUUACCAAAUACAACAAAUGGUACACUUAAUAUUGAUAAUAUUCGUCCUGGUCCAAAUGAUACAAUUAUAAUAACAAUAACUGUCAAUGGUACUAAUGUACCAAAUAUAACAUGGCCAAAUGUAUUAAAUAUAACUAUUGAACCAACGAAAAAUAUCGAUGGUUGCGUAUUUCCAUUCAUAUAUCAUAAUAGAACUUUUGCUACAUGUAUACCACUUGGUAUAGAUCGUUUAACAUAUUGUUGUCGAAAUCAAAAUUGCGAUCUGAAUCCUCAAUGGCAAUUGUGUAAUAAUUCAAAUCUUUGUGCUGCGUGCGCGCCUAGUGCAGGCUGUACAAUGUCAGAAUCUGGUGUUAUUUCAUGUUAUUGUCCAGUUGGUUUUGGUGGAAAUCUUUGUGAAACACCUAUUGAUUUAUGUGCACGAUUCAAUCGUAGUUGUCUUAAUAAUGGUAUUUGUGUUGUUAAUUCAAGUACAUCAUUGGCUUAUUGCAAUUGUACUACACCAGGAUUUACUGGAACUCAAUGUGAAACUUUUCUUCCAUGUUUAUCUUCUCCAUGUUUACAUAAUGGUACAUGUACAGGAAAUUUAAAUGGAACAGUUCAAUGUAAUUGUACAAAUUGUUACGGUGGCCCACUUUGUCAAAACAUUGAUUAUUGUUGUUUAAAUGUAUGUUCACCAAAUGGUGUAUGUCUACCAGGAGUUAAUAAUUCAUAUGUAUGUAUAUGUCAACCUAAUUAUGUUGGAGUUAAUUGUAGCAUAUUUAAUCCAUGUGCUGUAAUUCCAUGUCAAAAUAAUGGAAUUUGUAUAAUUACAAAUGGAUCUAAUUAUGAAUGUUUAUGUCCAACAGGAUGGACAGGUACUAAUUGUGAUGUACCAGUCAAUCCAUGUGCAUCAUUACCUUGUCGAAACAAUGGACAAUGUCUUUCAUUUGGUGAUCAAUUUAUUUGUAUUUGUCCAUUAGGAUUUAAUGGAACAUAUUGUGACAUUGUAAUAAGUCCAUGUGCAAGCAAUCCUUGUUUAAAUAAUGGUACAUGUUAUGAACAAAUAACAAAUUCUUCAUUUAAUGUAACUGGAUCUUAUCUUGGUUAUGUUUGUAUUUGUAAUCAAACAUUAUAUUCUGGUGUACGUUGUGAAAAUAUUAUUCCACCAUGUCCAAUAAAUCCAGCUAUCCCAUCGCCAUGUCUCAACGGCGGUAUAUGCGUUCCAAGUGCUGAUGGUCAAACAUAUAAUUGUUUUUGUGCAUAUCCAUAUACUGGUAUUAACUGUGAUCAAAUGAUUGAUCCAUGUAUACCGAAUCCAUGUGCACCAAAUGGACAAUGUUAUUUAAAUCUAGCUACGUCAAGCUUCACAUGUGUUUGUAUAAAUUCAACAUAUACAGGUCCAUUAUGUCAAAAUUUAACUAAUCCAUGUUUAUCAUCUCCAUGUUUUAAUGGUUCUACUUGUGUACAGAAUGGAAUAAGCCUUAUUUGUGAAUGUCCACCUAAUCGUACAGGAAUUUAUUGUGAAAGUUUUUUACCACCAUGUACAAAUACAACUUGUUUCAAUAAUGGUACAUGUCUUUAUUCAAGUACAUCAGUAACUUGUUUAUGUCCACCAUCAUUUACUGGUCCUCAAUGUCUUCAAACUAUUGAUCGAUGUUUUCCAUCACCAUGUUUACACAAUGGUACAUGUUAUAUUUCAUUAUCGAAUACAAUAUCUUGUUCAUGUCCAACAUUAUGGACAGGAACUUUAUGUGAAACAUUAGUUAAUCCAUGUUUAACAUAUAAUUGUUUCUUUGGUGGUACUUGUUUAUUAGAUAGUUCAUAUCAACCAACUUGUAUAUGUCCACCAACACAAACAGGUUUAUAUUGCUUAAUAACAAUUGAUCCAUGUUCAAGUGGACCUUGCUAUAAUAAUGCUAUAUGUAUUUCUAAUUCGGCACAAACAAGUUAUACAUGUACAUGUCCAGCUUUAUAUACGGGUAGUCGAUGUGAAUCUUUAAUUAAUUCAUGUUUACCAAAUCGUUGUAUAUUUGGCACAUGUUAUUCAUUAAAUAAUGGAACAUAUUAUUGUGCAUGUACAGCUUACUAUACAGGACUUAUUUGUGAUCAUCCUAUUGAUCAAUGUUCAUUAUUACCAUGUGUCAAUAAUGGUACUUGUAUAAGCCUUGGUACAAGUUAUUCAUGUUUAUGUCCAACUGGUUAUAGUGGUAGUUCAUGUGAACAAAUAAUAAAUCCAUGUUUAAGUAAUCCUUGUCGAACAGGUACAUGUUAUUCAACAGGAAUUCGUUAUGUUUGUGCAUGUGAUGCAUCAUAUACUGGAGUUUUAUGUGAAAUACCAUUAGAUCCAUGUUUAUCAUAUCCAUGUCUUAAUAAUCAAACAUGUUUACGUAGUGGAACAAAUUUAAGUUAUACAUGUCUUUGUGCAUUACCAUAUACAGGUCAACGUUGUGAAAUAACAAUUUUACCAUGUACAACAAUGACUUGUUUAAAUGGUGGUACAUGUUUACAAAUAACAUUAUCAACAAGUCAAUGUUUAUGUCCAAUUGGUUAUUCAGGUACAUAUUGUCAAAUAGUUGUAAAUCCUUGUCAAUCACAACCUUGUUUUAAUAAUGGAAUAUGUUUAUCAACAAUAAAUAAUCAGUAUAUGUGUUAUUGUUUACCAAAUUAUAUAGGUACUUUUUGUGAACAAUAUAAUCCAUGUAUGAAUUUUACAUGUUUAAAUGGUGGUACUUGUGUUAUAUCACCAUCGGCUAUUGGUGGUCGAAUUUGUAUUUGUACACCAGCAUAUACUGGUCAAACAUGUGCAAUACCUAUAAGUCCUUGUUCAAGUUCACCAUGUGUUAAUAAUGGUGUUUGUGUAGCAGUACCAGGAACAACUAAUUUUACAUGUAUUUGUACACCAGUAUAUACAGGAAUAUUUUGUGAAAUAUAUAUUAAUCCAUGUAUAGAUUAUUUAUGUGCUAAUGGUGGUACUUGUUAUCGAACUAUUGAUGGAACACCAGUAUGUUCAUGUUUACCAGAUUUUACAGGAGUUCAGUGUUUGACACAUAUUGAUCCUUGUCUAUCAGCACCAUGUCUUAACAAUGGUUUAUGUUCAUCAUUAUUACCAAUUUAUAAUUAUACAUGUAUAUGUCCAUCAAAUUAUACUGGAUAUCGUUGUGAAAAUUUUCUUGGUUCAUGUUCAUUAAUAGUAUGUCAAAAUGGUGGUACUUGUGUUUAUAAUAGUUUAAAUGCUAUUUCAUGUAUAUGUUCACCUUUAUGGACAGGUACAUUAUGUACACAACGUAUAGAUCCAUGUACAACAUCAAAUCCUUGUUUAAAUUCUGGUAUAUGUAUUGCAACAUUUAAUAGUACGAAUCAAACAGUUGUUGCAUGUCAAUGUUUAUCGACAUUUACUGGUCAAUAUUGUGAAACACAAAUAUCUCCAUGUCAAACGUUACCAUGUGUAAAUGGUCAAUGUUUAUUACGUGCUGAUGGUACUGCAAUAUGUUAUUGUAAUAGUCAAUGGACAGGUGCAGCAUGUGAUAUAUUAAUAUCUCCAUGUACAUCACAGCCAUGUCUUAAUAAUGGUGUUUGUUAUUCAACUGGAAUAAGUUAUACAUGUAUGUGUUUACAAGGUUAUUCUGGUUUACGAUGUGAAAUUGUUUCACCAACAUUAUGUACAUUGAUAUGUUCAAAUAAUGGAACAUGUGCAAUACGUGGACAAGGUAAUACACAAAUAUGUAUUUGUUCAACAGGUUAUACAGGUAGUCGAUGUGAAAUACAAAUAUCACCUUGUAUGCCAUCACCAUGUUUAAAUAAUGGUAUAUGUUUACCAUCAACAUAUGCUAAUGGUACAUUAAGUUUUCAAUGUGUUUGUACAGGACCUUAUACUGGCCCCAUAUGUGCAACUUAUAUACCAUUAGUAUGUGGAAAUUCAACGUGUUUAAAUGGUGGUACAUGUUUAGUUAAUGGUAAUCAGACAAUAUGUCUAUGUCCAAAUUUAUUUACAGGAAUUCAUUGUGAAUCUUUACUUAAUCCAUGUGAUAGUCAUCCUUGUGUUAAUGGUGGUACAUGUUAUACCACAGGUAUUGGUCGUAAAAAACGUCAAUUGACGACAGCAGUAGGAUAUUAUUGUCAAUGUCCAAGUUCAUAUACAGGUAUUCGUUGUGAAUCAUAUAUUUCAUUAUGUGUAUCAAAUCCAUGUCAACAUAAUGGUACAUGUUAUCAAGAUUUAGCAUUAAAUACAAUACGUUGUAUAUGUACACCAAAUUAUACUGGAACAUUUUGUGAUACAACAAUGAAUGGAACCAAUAUUUGUACAGCAAAUCCUUCGAUUUGUUUUAAUGGAGGAACAUGUCGAGUUAAUUCAUCUUUACCACUAGGUUUUUCAUGUACAUGUACAGCAACAACAACAGGUUAUUAUUGUGAACAACCAAUUGAUGAAUGUCAAAUGAAUCCAACACGAUGUCUUAAUAAUGGAACUUGUGUUGCAUCUUUAACGGGUUACAUAUGUAUUUGUCCUAAUGGUUUUACUGGUACUAAUUGUUCAAUUGCAAUAAAUCCAUGUAGUUCCCAACCAUGUUUUCGUAACGGAACAUGUCUUGUUAUUGGUAGUCAAUCGUAUACAUGUAUAUGUCCAACAGGUUAUUUGGGUACUCGAUGUGAAAUAUGCAAUUGUCCAUGUCAAAUUUAUCCAUGUGUUAAUGGAGGUGUAUGCCGAUCAACUGCAAGUGGAGGUGUUGUAUGUAUAUGUCCACCUGGUUAUACUGGUCUUCGAUGUGAAACUUCUUUACUUCCUUGUGAUUCUAAUCCAUGUUUGAAUGGAGGUGUAUGUUUAUAUGAUCCAACAACUUUAGUAAUGACUUGUCAAUGUUGUGGUCUUUCAACUGGAAGAUUUUGUGAAAUUCUUCUCAAUCCAUGUAAUACUUCAAUUCCAUAUUGUUUUAAUGGGGGUACUUGUGUUCUCAAUACGAAUAUGAAACCAAUGUGUGUUUGUCCAAAUACUUUUACUGGUCUCUAUUGUGAAACGUAUUCAAAUCCAUGUUCAUUGGUAACUUGCAUUCAAGGUACUUGUGUAAUGUUAGCUAAUUCGACAUUUCUUUGUCUAUGUCCAACCGGUCGUUCGGGUCGUUUUUGUGAAAUAGUUGAUCCAUGUUUAAUAACACCUGGAACUCUACCCCCAUGUCGUAAUUCUGGUACUUGUGUUCGUUUAAGUUCGACAUCAUAUACAUGUUUAUGUCCAGUUGGUUUUACUGGUGCUUAUUGUGAUAUAGCAAAUCCAUGUUCAAGUAUGCCAUGUGCAGCAAAUGCUACAUGUGCUACUUUAAUAAAUAGUAGUGCUAUUUGUUUAUGUCCAGCUGGUAUGACAGGUACUCGUUGUGAUCAAACAUUACCUAGUUCAUUUUGUUCAUCAUCUCCUUGUCGUCAUAAUGGUACGUGUAUUGGAACAAUAUGUAUAUGUCCAAAUAAUACAAGGGGACCGACAUGUAACGAAACUGUAAAUCCAUGUCCAACAAGUUCUCGACCAACAUUGGUUUGUUUAAAUAGUGGUACAUGUAUACCAGGUUAUGGAUGUUAUUGUGACGUUGGAUUUGCUGGUGACGAUUGUGGUACACCAAUAUUUACUAGUUGUACAAGUUCAACUUGUUUAAAUGGAGGUACAUGUAUACAAUUAUUUAAUGGUACACUCGUAUGUAUGUGUCCAACUGGUUAUACUGGUUUAAGAUGUGAAAUGUAUACUACAUUAUGCAUACCAAAUCCAUGUCAAUCGAAUGGUACUUGUAUUCCAAGUGGUACAACUGGUUAUGUAUGUAUAUGUCCACCAAAUUUUACAGGACCACAAUGUAAUCUUGUUACUAAUCCUUGUCUUUAUUUACCUUGUCUAAAUAGUGGUACUUGCGUACCACUUCAAAAUGGUGGUUAUCAGUGUAUUUGUUUACCAACAUUUACUGGUACACAAUGUCAAACAAUUCUUAAUCCUUGUUUAUCAACACCAUGUAAUACAGGUACAUGUGUUAGUAUCAAUAAUGGUCUUGCUUAUAUUUGUAAUUGUCCACCACAAUUAACUGGUCCAACAUGUCUAAUAGCUAAUCCAUGUGGUUUUCAGCCAUGUUUAAAUGGUGGAACAUGUGUAUUAUCAAGUGCUAGUACAUAUACAUGUAUAUGUCCAAUAAAUUAUUUAGGUACAAAUUGUCAAACAUAUAAUUUAUGUUUAUCAAAUCCAUGUUUGAAUAAUGGAACUUGUACAAUGUUAACAACAUCAGCCAUAUCAUGUCUAUGUACAACAGCAUAUUACGGUGAUCGAUGUCAAACAUUAAAUCCAUGUCAAAAUCCAAUAUGUAUUCAUGGUAUUUGUCAAAUAAAUCCUGUUACAUUAACAGCUCAAUGUGCAUGUUAUGCUGGAUGGACAGGUACUUAUUGUGAUGCAUUAAUUGCUUGUUAUAGUAAUCCUUGCAUAUAUGGUACAUGUGUACCAUCAAGUACAGCUGGUUAUAUAUGUAAUUGUAUAGCUGGUUAUUAUGGUCCGCAAUGUCAAUAUCCAAUAGUACAAACACCAUGUGAAAGUAGACCAUGUCGAAAUAGUGGUACAUGUCAAGUAGCUAUGAAUGGAUAUAUUUGUUUAUGUCCACCUUCUUAUGUUGGUGUUAAUUGUGAAUAUAUUAAUCCAUGUUUAUUAAUUGGAGGAUCUUCAUCAUGUCAACCUAUAUUAACUCCUUCAGGAAAUUAUACAUGUUCAUGUCCAACAGAUCCAUGUUCAAGUAAUCCAUGUCAAUAUGGAACUUGUAUUGUGAUCAAUUCUGGUCUUGCAUAUCGUUGUAUAUGUUAUCCAAAUUAUUUAGGUUUACAAUGUAAUCUACCAGAUCCAUGUGCUUUAAAUAUAUGCUAUAAUGGUGGUAAAUGUAUAGCCACAGUCAACAGUGAAAGCACACAAGUUACUCUAUCAUGUCAAUGUCCAUCGUCUCAAUAUUUUAUUGGUUCAUUUUGUGAACAUUAUAAUCCAUGUAUAUCAUCACCUUGUUUGAACGGUGCAACAUGUACAUCUUAUGUAAAUGUAACAUGCUUCUAUCGUUGUGUCUGUCCGAUGGGUUAUACAGGUGAACGAUGUCAAUAUUCUAUAGCACAAAUUCGUUGUGAAUCUGUAAAUAUACCAAAUAAUUGUCGUAAUGGUGGUACUUGUAUGUUAAUUGGUAUGAGCACACAAUGUUUUUGUACAUCAAUGUAUACAGGUACAUUAUGUGAAAAUCUAGCCGAUAUGUGUAGUUUACGUGUAUGUCAAAAUGGUGGAACAUGUUUCAUUGUAAAUGGUACAAAUGUUAGAUGUCAAUGUUUACCAUCAUUUCAAGGUACAUAUUGUGAAUAUUCAACAGAUCCAUGUUCAGUUCAACCAUGUCUUCAUGGUGGACAAUGUCUUGCAUCAUUUUUAACAUUUACAUGUAAUUGUGCACAAACAAUGUAUACAGGACCAAGAUGUGAAACAUUAAUUUCAUCACCAUGUGCAACAAAUCCAUGUUUAAAUGGUGGUACAUGUCAAGUAGUUGGAUCAUCAUAUGUUUGUUUAUGUCCAACAACUUUUACUGGUCUAACAUGUGCACAAUCAAUAAAUGUUUGUUCAACAGUUCAAUGUCUUAAUAGUGGUACAUGUGUAGAUUAUGGUACAUUUGCCUUAUGUAACUGUUUAGUAAGUUACACCGGUGAUCGUUGUCAAUAUGUUAAUCAAUGUUAUCCAAGUUCACCAUGUUUAAAUGGUGGCACAUGUGUAUCUGUAUUGAAUAGAUUUUCAUGUCAAUGUCCAACUGGUCUAACAGGUACAACAUGUCAAUUAUUAUCUGAUAAUCCAUGUGCUGGUGGUGAUUAUCAAUGUUUAAAUGGUGGUACAUGUAUAAUAUUAUCAGGUACAUCACAAGCUAGUUGUUUAUGUCCAAUAAAUUUUACUGGUGAAAAAUGUGGACAAGUUGUAUCAUCUGUAUCGAUUACAACAACAACAACAACAUUAUCUUCAUCGAUUUUAACGAUUAUUUCUCAAUCAUCAUCAUCAUCAAUGAUUAUUGGAACAACAUCAUCGAAUUAUUUAAAUAUGACAAGUGCACCAUAUGCAUGUGAUGACAUAUCACUUGCUUGCCUUGCUUAUAGUGCUUAUUGUGCUCGUGAAAUUGAAUUUUCUGGUAUUCCAUGUCGAGUUCUUUGUCCAAGAACUUGUAAUACUUGUUGUGAAGAUUUUUACACCGAUGGUACAUGUUCAUUAGAAAAUUGUCAACGUAAUCCACAUCUUCACCGUUAUUGUCGAAAAUCAUGCAUCUGCAAAACAUGA